UUAUAUUAAUUCAAUUAAUAUAAAUAUUUGUUUAUAUAAAUAAUAUACAUAUAUUUUAUAGUAGGUAUUUUUACCCACGCUAAAUGAAUAAUACGAAUUGCCUAAGUAACGUAACAACUAAUAUCGCAUAUUAACGAUAUCAUAGACCUUUGCGAUAAAAAUACUUGCGAUAAGUUUCGGUGUUAAUAGUGCCGUUUUCAUCGAACAUUUCGUCUGUUACAAAGUUAUUGUAAAGUGAUAAAGAUGGUAAGGGCACGAAAAUACGUUGUAAAGAAACACUUUGAAGGUGUGCCGAAACGUGAAGAUUUCGAAAUAGUGGAAUACGAUUUGCCCCCUAUCCAGAAUGGAGAAGUUCUUGUUAAAACAGAGUGGGUAGGAGUUGACCCGUACCAACGAGCCUAUAAUAGAAGAUACCCAGUACCCUAUGAUCAAUUUGGUUUUCAAGUAGGAGUGGUCGAAGACUCUAAGGAUCCCCGUUAUCCUGUUGGCACUAGAAUAGUGUCACAUAACGGAUGGUGUGACUACAGUGUCAUCAACGCAAAUGUACAAGCAUCCAAUUCUCUUCUCAACGCAGUAUACAAAGCACCAGACCUAAAAGGUCUUUCGCCCUCAUUGGCAGUUGGAGCCGUGGGUAUGCCCGGAGCAACAGCAUAUUUUGGUUUUCUCGAAUUAUGUCAACCUAAGGCAGGCGAGACUGUUGUCGUUACUGGGGCUGCUGGUGCAGUAGGAUCGCUUGUAGGACAAAUUGCAAAGAUUAAAGGCUGUCGAGUAAUUGGUUUUGCUGGUUCUGAUGAGAAAGUUGAUUGGUUGGUUAAAGAUUUAAGAUUUGAUAGGGCUUUCAAUUAUAAGACGGCAGACAUCCGUAAAGUACUAAAAGAAGCUGCACCGAACGGCGUUGAUUGCUAUUUUGAUAAUGUCGGAGGUGAAAUUAGUAGUAUUAUUAUGAAUCAAAUGAAUAACUUCGGUCGAAUAUCAGUAUGUGGAAGUAUUAGUGCAUACAAUGAUGAUCCUACAAAUCUACCAAGGGCUCCAAUUAUUCAAUUUGAUGUCGUAAUGAAGCAAUUAAAAAUUGAAGGUUUCCUAGUGCCACGCUGGUUAAAUCGUUGGCCUGAAGCGUUUGCUGAGCUCGUAAAAUGGAUUAAAUCUGGAGAUAUAAAGACCAGGGAACACGUUACAGAAGGGUUUGAUAAAAUCUUCGACGCAUUUAUUGGAAUGUUAGCCGGAGAAAAUACUGGAAAAGCAGUUGUAAAAAUUUAGAGAUCCAUUUUUUUCUGUUUUAACUUUUUUCCGGGUUUUUGUUAUUUAAAAAUAAAUUUAUUAGUAAAAUAUUA